UCAAACAAGUCUAGGUGUUGCUGGCGCUACGUUUUAGUAAAGGUGGAACUGAAUAAAUCAGUUUGUGAACAACUGUCUAAAUAACAAGACCUGUACGAAAGGUGCUAACUGAAAAUCGAACGAAGUCCCGUCCUUAAAUCGGGCAUUAUUGUGGUUUCUUAAAUCACGUUUCACCAAUACAACCCAGUCAUACCCAACAAACAGAUAUGGCCAAAGAGGAUGGUUUCGUUAACCACGCAUAUGUACCUACAAACUCAACAAAUAGCUCAACUUCGUCCAUUCCGGGCGAAUAUCGUACCACAUUCGAAGCAAAAAGCCAUGGUUACAAUGGAAAAAAUGUAACACCAAUGCCAAAUGAGAUUGCCACUCCCGCCUCACAGAAACCAAUCGUGCUACCCGAAAUAACUACUGAAGUUGAUGUUGUCGGUGGUGACUCCAAACAACGGGAUACUUGGACGAACGACAUUGAGUUUCUCAUGUCAUGCAUUGCUCUAUCCGUUGGCUUGGGUAAUGUUUGGCGUUUUCCAUUCACUGCGCUCGAAAAUGGUGGUGGCGCAUUCGUGAUUCCUUAUAUAAUCGUAUUGUUUUUGGUUGGAAAGCCUGUUUAUUAUAUGGAAAUGUUAUUGGGGCAAUUAUCCAGUCGUGGAAGUAUAAAAGUUUUUGAUUUUUCUCCAAUAAUGCGAGGCGUUGGCUAUGGUCAAGUAUUUGGCACCGCUAUAGUUUCUACAUAUUAUGCUACUCUAAUGGCGCUAACGCUACGUUAUUUAAUAGAAUCGUGCUACCCUACACUGCCGUGGAGUUACUGUCGCGAGGAGUGGGGCGACACCUGCAUUGACUCCAAAAAAAAUAAAACGGAUGUUGUCACAAAUGAUACCAACAUUAAAACCACAUCAGCGGAGUUCUAUUUUACAAAAGUUAUUCUACGUGAAAAAGACUCUAUUGACGAUGGUAUUGGGUACCCAAGCUGGUACCUUGCACUAACUCUGGCUGUGUCCUGGAUUAUUAUAACCUCUAUAUUAAUUAAAGGCAUUAAAAGUUCGGGGAAGGCGUCCUACGUAUUGGCGAUAUUUCCAUAUGUUGUUCUCUUUAUACUUCUCAUACGCUCAUUGACACUACCUGGAGCCUUUGAUGGAGUUCUCUACUUUUUGAAGCCGCAGUGGGAUAAACUUUUAGAUCCCCAGGUGUGGUACGCAGCUAUUACGCAGGUUUUCUUCUCACUUGCAAUUUGUUUUGGCAACAUCAUAAUGUACGCCUCCUAUAAUCGAUUCCGGCACAAUAUAAAAAGGGACUGCACGAUAGUCACGACUUUAGACACAUUUACCUCCCUGCUUUCUGGCAUCAUUAUUUUUGGUAUUCUUGGAAAUUUAGCCCACGAAUCGAACACCACGGAUAUACAAAACGUUGUGAAGAGUAACACGGGUCUCGCAUUCAUCUCUUAUCCGGAUGCCAUAGCGAAAUUUGAAUUUCUGCCUCAAGUGUUCUCCGUCCUAUUCUUUUUGAUGUUGUUCGUGCUUGGCAUUGGAAGCAAUGUUGGCAUGGCGUCUUGUGUGAUGACUGUACUCAAGGAUAAAUUCACCAACACAAAAAAUUGGAUUAUCGCCGUGAGCAUUGCUAUUGUGUGCUAUGGAAUCGGACUUAUCUACAUCACUCCUGGUGGCCAAUACUUGUUGAAUUUUAUGGAUUUCUUCGGAGCGUCCUUUAUUGCGCUCGUUUUGGCGAUAUUCGAGCUGAUAGCUGUUGGUUGGAUAUAUGGCGUUAAAAAUCUGUGUCGGGACAUUUACUUCAUGUUGGGUAUAAAAACAUCAAUUUAUUAUCGUGUAUGUUGGGGCAUCAUUACUCCCGCCUUUAUGGCCGCGGUCCUGGCUUACACACUGGUAAAUUACACUCCCCUGCAAUAUAACGGUUACACCUAUCAGAAUGGUUUAUACGUUUUUGGCUGGUGUCUCUCUGCCUUUGGUAUAGGACAACUUCUUUUUUGGGGCGUUGGAGCCAUUUGGAGCUGCCCUGGCGGUACUAUAAGUGAACGAAUAAGGAAGAGUUUUAAGCCCAAGGCGAAUUGGGGGCCAUUAGACCCGGUCACAUUAAAGGAAUAUCAAAUGUUCAAAACAGAAGACCGAUCAAAUGAAUUGUUCAAGAAGACAGGGUUUUGGUAUAAAAUGUACGACAAUAUCUUUGGUUAAAGUUUAUACUUACGAGACUAUCUGUGUGAGACAUAUUUACAUGAUUUUGUAUGCAGCAAUGCAUAUAGAUACAUUUGUUAUUGCCUUUUUUGUACAAACUUUUAGUAUUAAUAUAUGUACAUAAUUUUAGUAUUUUGUAGCUUUUGUAUUGUUUUUGCCUAAAUUGAACUGCAGACAGUGCUGGGUUCCAAGCAGGAUUAACAAACCCUAAAAUUUAU